AUGCCUUCCAUGUUCUCGACCAUCCUGUAUACCUUUGCAUCCACGUUUGUUUAUCCCUCCUCCGCCAUGCCGUUCACUCUAACGGACAUAUUUACAUCACCUUUCAACUUCAUAAUGACUCGCCCUCAGGACGGUGCCCUCAUCUUGGUUACCAGAGACACCUGGUUCGAGGUCUUCCCGGGAGACCCUGUCAUCACCCGUAUCAGCGGGCCCUGGGUCAACUACGUGCUCAGCCGUCUCGACCCAGAUGCACGGAGGCAUCUGCUCCUGGCCCCUGAAGAAGGCAGCGGGCGAUCCGAGCUCUGUGGCACGCUCGAUGACCUGCGACUGGUACUGCGACUGCCCGAAAUAAAGGGUCUAACCGACGAACAUCCCAUCAGGGCUGCUUUGAGCAGCCUUUCUCUCAUCGAGCGAAUGGGCGUCGGGGAGCAUAAUCUAUACGUCUGA